AUGGAUAUAUUUAUUACAAGGACCUCGAAACUGAUUGAAAGCUCAACAUCAACUUCUGGAACUUCAAAACAGAGUAAAGACUCACCAUCAACUUCCGGGACUUUAAAAAUGAGUGGGAAUUCACCAUCAACUGCUCGGCCGUCAAAACAGAGUAAAGGUAAGUGUCGGUUGUACGAUGAAUCUUAUAUAUCCAUUGGUUUCACAUGGUGUGGUCCAGAAGAUGAACUUAUUCCCGAGUGUAUCAUAUGUGGAAAAACAUUUACCAACGAAUCGAUGGUGCCCAACAAAUUAAACAGACAUUUUAUUAAACAACAUUUUCACUUGAAGUGCAAAGAUAUUCACUAUUUCAAAAAACUUUUAAGUAGCCAAAAAAAGGAAGCAAUCAAGUUCACAAAAAAAGUUAAAACUUCUGAGAGGGCUCUCGAAGCUACUUUUGUUGUUUCCCAAAUGAUUGCUAACAACAUGAAAGCGCAUACCAUUGGAGAAAAUUUAAUCAAACCUGCGUGUGAGGAAAUGGUGCGAAUAAUGAUUGGAGAUGAAGCGGCUUUUGAAAUAGAUAAGAUACCGAUGUCUAAUGACACUAUUACUCGUCGCAUAAAUGAUAUGUCCGUAGAUAUAAAACAGCACACCGUAGAAAAGAUGAAACUUUCUCGGUUCACACUUCAAGUUGACGAUUCAACUGUUAGCGACGGAAAAUGUUACAUGAUAGGAUUUGUUCGUUUUGUUGUUGGUUACGAUAUUAUAAACCAGUUUUUGUGUUUGAAAGAGUUAAAAUCAAGUACAAGAGGCAAAGACAUUUUUGAAACAAUCAAUGUUUUUUUUGAAAAUAAUGGAAUAUCAUGGAGUGACUGUGUUGGAAUUUGCACUUAUGGAGCUCCAAGUAUGACAGGAAUAUCAAGGGUUUGUUACACUCGCUAA